GGGGGGGGGGACCCACGCUGCCGCCCCGGCGGCCCCGGCCCUCGGGAGCCCUGGAGGAGGCGCGGCCCGACGCCGGACUGGACAGGGCUGCUUGGAGCGCAGAGGCCAGACCACAGCGGGACCGGGGAGCCUGGCCGGUCGCCGGAAACCGCAUCCUGGCGACGGGACUGCGAGCGCUGACAAGCCAGAGCCAGAGCCAGAGCGGGCACUCACUAGGCUGCGGGAACAGCUCGGGGUGAGCGCCCCCUCUCGGGGUCCAUGUGUCCACCUCAAGCCCAAGCAGAGGUGGGUCCCACCAUGACCGAGAAGGUGGAGAUGGUGCGUGCUCCCAGUCGGGCGCCAGCCCCGUCCCCUAGGCCUGCCUCGCCUGGGCCCCUGCAGAUGGAAGAGGUGGGCCCCCGCCACUCCUCACCCCCUCUGCUGCCCCCUGGAGUGCCCGUGAUCAGCCUGGGUCACACCAGGCCCCCAGGGACAGCCAUGCCCAUGCCAGAGCUGAGCACCCUGAAGCCCCCUGUGCUGCAACUCUCUGCUCUGGGAGCCGCCCCUCCCACCCUGGCCCUCCACUCCCACCCUCACCCCUUCCUCAACAGCGUCUACAUCGGGCCAGCAGGACCUUUCGGUAUCUUCCCCGGCAGCCGGCUGAAGCGGAGGCCAAGCCACUGCGAGCUGGACCUGGCCGAGGGGCACCAGCCCCAGAAGGUGGCCCGGCGCGUGUUCACCAACAGCCGAGAGCGCUGGCGACAGCAGAACGUCAACGGCGCCUUCGCUGAGCUCAGGAAGCUGCUACCGACCCACCCGCCAGACCGGAAGCUGAGCAAGAACGAGGUGCUCCGCCUCGCCAUGAAGUACAUCGGCUUCCUGGUGCGGCUGCUGCGCGACCAGGCGGCCGCAUUGGCCGCAGGCCCCAUCCCGCCCGGGCCCGCUCCCCUGGCCGACCCCGACGGCGGCGCGGGCGGGACGGUCCGGCCCAUCAAGAUGGAGCAAGCGACUCUGAGUCCAGAGGUUCGGUGACCCCACGCCACGGCGUCUGAGCCCGCGGGCACCAGGGCCUGGCGAGGAACGGGCGGACGCUGCGCGAUGCCUGCUUGAGCGCGAACUCCCCCGAAGAGGGCCCAGUGAGGACGUCCCCGAACGGCCAGGGGACGAUCCUGGGGGUGUGCAGGGGUGGUCCAGCUCCGAGGCCCCGCAGACCUCCCCUUUUAAAACCAUCCACUGCCCGCCGGAAGUGGCCUUGCCCGUGUCGUGUCCUAUCCCCAGGGGACAAGGUCUGGGAACCAACAUGGCACAGCGGAUCACCGGGCCCCAA